CAGGGAGAACCAAGCCAGGCCUGCUGCCAGCAGACGGCUCAGCUCCAGCCGCCCGGCCUCCCCCGGAGAGCCCCUCGCAGGUGCCAUGGCCGGAGCCGGAGAACUCCUCCGCAUGAUCCAGGACUUAAGGGAUACCAUCGGGGAGCUGAAGCAGAACUACAAGGAGCGGAGGUUGCCGGUCACCGACGGCAGCCGGGAGCUUCACGGGCUCUGUGCCCAGCUGGAAUUCCUGCUCCAGUUUGACCUGAAGGAGAAGAGAAGUUUCUUUGGGCAGCGGCGGGACUACUGGGACUUCCUGUGCCACGGGCUGGCGAGCCGGCGCCAGGGGCACGAGCGCGUGCAAUUCAUCAGCUCCCUGGAGAAGCUCAGGACCCCCGUGGGGAAGGGACGAGCCUUCAUUCGCUACUGCCUGGUGCACCGGCAGCUGGCGGAGUCGCUGCAGCUCUGCUUCCUGGACCCCCAGAUGACCAGUGAAUGGUACUACGCCCGGAGCCCCUUCCUGCACCAGCAGCUGCGAGCCGACAUCCUGGGCUGCCUCUACGAGUUGGACGGUAUCACCUUCCACCUGGCCCUCAAGAGAGGCGACCUGGACGCGGCCUGGCCCAUGUUCUCCGAGACUCUGUCCAGAUCCUCCAGCCAAAGCCCCAUGACCAGCCAGAAGGAGGGGCCGGCCUGCCCGGUUGGGAACCCGGCUGGAGACAGCGAGAAACACCACGGAGCCAGGAGAGGCCCCGAGGAUGAGCCCCAGCUCCCGGGACAGGUCAGCCGAUCCCCGGGGCUUAGCACUGAUGACCCGUUCCAGCCCAGACUGGAAGAGCCCAGGGAACAUACGGCAACAAUGGCCUCUUUGGAGAGGAGCCGGGACACUGGGCAAGAGGCAGGUUCCCAGCAACGGGGCUUGGAGGCAGCUGGCGAUGGAAAGCCAGAGGCUGAGCUCCAGAGGGUCAACGCCCAGCUGCAGCUGCAGGUCGAGGCACUGGACAGGGAGCUGCAAAGCAGCCUGGCCGCUGCCCGGGAGCUGGAGUCCAUGUUGGCUCAGCAAGCGCAACGCCACCGCGAGGAGGAGGCCAGGCUGCAGCAGGAGGCAGCCCAGAGCUGCAGCCGCCAGGUGGAGGAGCAGGACAGGCAGAUCCAGGAGCUCCAGGACUCCAAGGCCUUCCUGAGCGACACCCUGGAGGAGAUGGACGUGCUGGUGAGUGCCCUGAGGCAGCAGCUGUCCCAGAGGGAAGAGGAGACGGCGGCCCUGCGGGCAGCCCAGGCGCACGAGCUGGCGGAGCUGGAGGUGCAGCACGGAGCCAGGCUGGCAGAGAGGGAGAAGCGUCAGCAGGAGCUCGCCGAGCAGCUUUCCCAGGCGAUGCACGACGCCGAGCAAGAGGCAGCCAUGGCGGCCGGCCAGCGCCAGGAGGCUCGGGCCGCUGCCAAGGCCCUGGAGGAGGCCGAGCGACGGCUGAGAGCGCAGGAGGCCGAGAGGAGGGAACGCCUGGCCGGAGCAGAAGCCCAGGAGCUGAGGCACCAGCAGCUGCUGUCGCGGUGCCAGAGGCUCCAGGAGAAGCUGAGUGCGAGCGAGGGGAAGCUGGAGGAGACGGAGGCCCAGGUGGCGGCUCUGCAGAGCCAGCUCAGCGAGGGGCAGCGGGAAGGGCCCAGCAGCAGCCCCCCACGCGGCCCAGAGGAGGAGACGGCCCAGAGGCUCCGGCAGGCCGAGCUGCAGGCCGAGGGGCUGAGACAGAAGCUGGAGCAGGCCCUGGCGGAGGGAAGGGAGCUGGAGAGGGAGCGAGAGGCCCUGCUGGAGUCGGCGGUGUCUCAGGGGCAGAGCCUGGCGGCUGCCCGGCUAGAGGCUCAGGAUCUCCAGAAGGAGCUGGCUGCACAGCAGGAGCGAAACGCUUCCCUCCAGGCGGCUUUGGAGCAGGCGGAGGGGGCCCUGAUGGACAAGGAGGAAGGGGCACGGGGCCUGCAGGAGGAGCUGGAGGGGCAGUCGGCCAAGCUGCGGGAUGCCCUGGCCGAAAACGUCGCGGUGGCCUCCCGGCUGGCGGAAGCAGCCGCGGGCUUCGCGAGCGAGAAGGCCCAGCUGGAGGCGCGAGGGACCGAGGAGCGAGCCGGGCACGAGAGGGCUGUGGCUGAGCUGAGGAGGCAGCUGGUGGAGUACGAGGAGCAAAGGCGGGCGGAGAGAGAGGAGAAACAGCAGCUCCAAGCCGUGCUGCAGGCAGCCUCCGAAGAGAGAGACGUCCUGGCCAAGCAAGUGCAAAGCACAGCGGCCGCCCUGGAGAGCCGUGCCCGGGAGGCAGCACAGCUCCGAGACGAGCUGGAGGAAUUGAGGGCCCGCAGCCAGCGAGAGGACACCCGGCUGCAGGAAGCGCUGGUCCGGCAGAAGGAGGAGAGCGACGGGCAGAUUGUGGCGCUCCGGCACCAGGUGCAGACGUUGGAGCUGGAGAAGCAGAGGGCUGCCGACUCGCUGGAGCAGGCCAGGGGACAGCUCGCCGCCGUGCUGGCAGAGAAGGGCGCCUUGGAGGAGACGCUGGCCCGAGCUGCCGCGGAGCUAGAGCGGGUGGGGGGAGGUGACCGGACGGAAGCUGGGGAUGAGGAACCCCUGGGGCUGGCCAGAGGACGGGGCGCAGAGGAGGAGAAAGCAGCUGGAGGGGGUGGGCCGCAGAUGGACAAGCAGGUGCUGGCAGGGGAACCGCCGGAGGACCUGGGAGCAGCAGCCAUGCUGGAGAAGGCCAGUCCAGAGCAGAAACCAAGGAAGAGUGUCGAAGAGAUGGUGAAGCACCUGACCACGCACCUGGAGAAGGCGAUGGGGGAGGCCCAGCAGAAAGAGCAGCUGGUAAAGGCCAAGGAGGAGGAAGCAAAGCACCUGGUGGAGCAGCUGGGCAGGGCCCGGCAGGACGGGGAGCAGUUCAGGCUGGCGCUGGAGAGAGCACAGAGAGAAGCCAAGGAGCGAGAGAAGGAACACCGAGGGCAGCUGGCUGAGCAGCAGGAGCUCGUCCGGGAGGUGAAGGGCCGGCUGCUGGAACUGCUCCGGGAGAAGGACGCCUUGUGGCAGAAGACGGAGGGCAUCGACUGCCGGGCCCCCAGCGUGGUGCCCCAGGACCUCAGCCUGUGCGCCCGCUGCAGCCAGGACUUCGGGUUUCUCUCCCGCAGGUACCAGUGCAGGCUGUGCCAGGGCACCGUCUGCCAGGCCUGCUCGGUGGAGAGCGGCAGGAAGGAGCGCUGCUGUCUGCUCUGCUGGCAGAAGAGGAAUUUCAAGGGCACCUGAGCAGGGCCCGCGUCCUGUGCACCCUGCCUCCAGCUGGGGAGACCGUUCCUGUGGGACCGGAGUGUCUGUAACCCUUCCCGUGCCCCCGCGCUGGCGGCGGGGCCGCGGCUAGAACCUGUUGGGUUGGGCCCUCACUCGGCCCUGCAGAAGCUUCCCCACGGCCUGUCCCGGGGAGACCAUUCCGGUGCAGAGACCCGGCCAAGUCCAGGCCCUUCAGCCCUGGGGGCGCCUUAAAAUGAAUGGCAGUCGUGUGUGUGUUAGCCCCCUCUAGUGACUGGCCCACAUAGAGGAUAACAGCCUACUACUGCUAACGGAGUUGUUCAAGCAGCACAGGGCUGUGCUGCGAUGCUGAAGGUCCCGGGUUCAGAGCCUGCUGAGGACCCACGUAGCGGCUCCGUCCACAAACUCUUGGCUUGAGCAGAGCUGUUAGCGAAGGUCCCUGAUCUGUGACGAAAGGAGACCAGGCCCCACAGCAGCUCUGAUGUGCAGUUACACUCAGCAAAGCCGGCCUCUGCGUGUUGUCUCGCGUCGCUUCCAGUCCAGGUUCUCUCCGUUUCCCAGGAAAGCUGCUGCUGGCCUAACAGCCACUCCUGGAACCCCAGGCCGGCUGUGCACCUUUGGCACCCUGGAGACUGGGUCUGCCCCAGGUCCUGUGCCCCUAUGGGAAGGGUCUUCCGGCUCCCCCAGUGCCAGAGAUGCUGCAGCUGGAACUGCGGGGGACAGCUCCCUCCCGCAGAGCAGGGCUGACGGGCACAGGCCGGAGACGUUCAGUUCUGCUGAAGGAGGUGGCAGGGCUGGCUCUGAUGUGCCGGGACUCGGAGGGGGCUGAUUCAGCACCAAGGUGCUGUUUCGACCUAGUCACGUCUAGCACUGAAGACCGUGGAGUGCAGGGGCCUGUCUCCCCCGGAUCCAAAGCCCCUCGACAUCCCCGGCUUUGGCUCACGUGGCCACAGGGGUGAUAACAGCCUGCUACUUCCUCGCAGCUGAGGGAGCGCAUCCUUUAGCUCCGGGGGCAGUGGCUUGUGCUGUCCGGGGGUCGAUCCCUGCGGGCACCGCAGGGCUCAGUGCCAGCGAGGGGGAGAGGCUGGCCUCUGAGGAGGGGCGGAGGCACGGCGAGGUGCUCCACCGGUUAAACCGAGAGACGCUGGUCUGGGGCGAGGGCUGAAGGCACCGGGUGCUGCCCCCAGUGGGUUGAAGGCGCCGGGUGGCAGCCCCUCGGCAUGACGCACGGGAGGGGGCAGGGGAGAUGCCUCUUUGCCAACCACCCCAGCGAGGUUUCCUGGCCUGAUUGCAGCGAAUUGCGACGAGGUUGGUUGGGCAAGAGGGUUCCCAGCCACCGUUACAGACCGGCCCUCCCCCUGCCCGCGGGGACUGCGCCGGCUCCGGUCCCAGAGGGGGUUGGGAAGGCUCGGACAGCCUCUUAGCCUGUUUGAAGAGGCUGUCCCCCCGUCCAAUCCCAGAAACCCCAGCAGCAGGGCAUCCUCUGAGCAAACCCUACGCCCCGGCACCUGAUCGCACCAGUGGGCAUCCAGAGCUGGGCUUCCUGAGCUCCAGGGCACAAUGUACCAGGAUCCUACCCUAAGGAGCAUCAUUGGAUGGGACCCUUCCAUCUCCGUGCUGGUCUGCCAAUGGGGCCCUGCCAGGGGAUCGAUGCCGCGUCGGGACCCUGCCAUCCCCCUGCCAGGGCGCCCGGGAGGUUCUGGGAUUGUCCCAAGAGCCCAAGGGAGUUGGGUUGCAGACUCUCUAGGAUCCCAUGGGAGUCGGGCACCUGCGCCUCGAGGCUCCGUUUGGCAAACCCAGCCUGCAUGUUCGCAGCUGGAAGCCGGCCUGUUGGACGCGGCUGUGGCUUCCUGCGGGCCUAGGAGCGCCAGACAAAGUCACCGGCUGGGGUGGGGGGUUCUCCCGGGUGGGUGCCAGCCAGGGCCAGCUCCAACCCUGCCACCUCAGGAGCCCCCGCCCCGCCAGGAACAGGGUGGCAUGAAGCUCGCUCUUCCGGCUCUGUCCCCAUGAAGGGCGGAGGACGAUCCCCGCAGGAGUAAUAACCUGAACCCCCGGGGGCACCCCUGCUACGUACCCAUCAUUCCCCUAACUCCACCAACACCCCCGGCAUGCGCCCCUCACCUGUCCUGUGCCCAGCUACCCCACGGUGGGAGGGGGGAGCUGCUGCCCCUUGAACCUUGGGCUCUGUAGCUUGGGGGGGGGCUUCGCAAAGGGUCCCUGAUUUCCCCUGCGCUGGUAGCCCUGGGGCCAGCUGCCCUGCUCCUUCCCCGGUCUAGCAGCAGCAGAGAGCGGGGCAAUGUGGCGUUACAGCAGAUCCGUUCGACCCAGGGGCCCCAGCGCAGGGGCCUGGCCCGUCUCCCCCGAAUGGUUCAGUGCCCGUCCCAGGAGGGCCGGAUGGGCAGCUUGCUGGGGCCCGCGGGCAGCGCCUGAGCGCAAGGCGACACAGAGGGAGCACGCUAUACAGGACACGCUGGAGCGCGAUGCUAUGAGCACGUCCAACCCUCUCUCUCUGCCCAGCUCCUUCCUCGGCCGCUGCACCCCGGCCUGUGCUGCCCACCCCAGCCUCGCCCCAGCCCUGACUCAGAAGCCCAGCCACUGUGGGGGUCCCUGAGCCUGAGUGCACCCCCGCCCCCCCCCCGGCUCCUGGCCUGGGGGUUGCUCAAGCCUCCGCCAGGAAGAGCUGCGGCCCCAGUUCCUGCUUCGCAGCAUUGUGUAAGGGGGCCCUGUUCCUGACCGAUUGCUCAAGGCCUUGGCCCAAGGGUUUCUCCUGCAGCGUGGGGCGGACACCUGGCCCCUCGCCGUGCCACCAGGUGGGCAGCCCGGGGACCGCUGUGGCCAGUCACAAAUCACCAUUCCCCACCUGGGCACCCGCUUGCACAGAGCUGGGAUUGGGGAAAGGGGGCUGGCUCCCAUCUGCAUGGCCAGGACUCAGCCCUGAUUGCCACGGGCUUGUCCUCUGAACCCUGGACAGCUGGGUGAGCCCAGGAGGUGCCCGGGUCCGUGCCCUAUCAAUGGACCUCCCCUAGAGGUGGCUAUUUCGUCUUUCCUCAGCCCCUCCGGAAAUCCAGUGCAGGGGCAGAAGGAAAGGACAGAGGCUGUCAGGGAGGUUGCCUGGAGCUUGCCUAUACUAGCCAUCCCGUGGUAGCCACCAUCUGGGUUAGCCGAGGCAGGACAUGGCUCUGUGAGAGGCUUGUGCAGAGACAGCCGGGGGGGGCUCCAUUCCCUUCCCCACUGGUGCGAACUGGCAGCCGCUCCCAGCCCAUCCCUGCUGUCGACUGGAAGGGAGAGGAGAAUCAAGAUAUUAAUUUCCUCUGGGUCAUCUCUGCUGCCUGGCGCCAUUCCUGGCCUAUUCCGCCCUGAGGGCAAAUGAAUCCACAGCCCCUUUGGACAGCCACAAUCUGCUGUCUUGAGCUCCCUUGGCACUGCCAUCCUGAGAUAGCCUCAUGGCCAAUGUAACCCAUUAUCCUGCCCCCCACCACACUGGGUCAGAGCAACGGUCCAGCUGUGCCAGUAUCCAAUGGCUGCCACAUGGGAACAGACAGGUGGUCCAAAGAAGGGCCAAAUUCUGCUCUCCAUGGGAGUUACUCGAGCUUUUCACAGGACACUAACGGGCACUGACGUCAGCAGGGGGGACCCUUGGUAAGAAUUAAGACCUGACAUUAAGGGGCUCAAGAAAAACCCCUCUCCUCCCCCCCAGAAUGCUGUAGGUGCCGAGUGUCUCCCCAGAAGCCAUAGCAGGUUCUCUGUUAUAGAGAGUAGAGCAGGGGUUCUCAAACUGGGGGUCACAAGGUUAUUAUAGGGGGUGUUGUGAGCUGUCAGCCUUCACCCCA